GUAGGAGGAUUCAGACACAUCAGGCGAAAAUAGCCAACUUUAUUUGAACUUCAUUUGUUAGUUGUUUAUUAGAUGUAAUUAUGGACACUUAGGAAUAAUUCGGAUACUUAACACGCCGUGUUAGAUGCAACAGUUCGGUUUGUCAGGAACUUCUUUCAACUCGAGAGAGUGAAUGAUAGUCCUUUGAAAGGGCGGUGAGCGUGGAGAAGGCUAGUGUCAGCUCCCAUCGAUGGACGACGGACAUGUCUGCUGACAUAAACGCUUGGGAGUUAUCGUUGUACAGUGACUGUAGAAGUUGAUCCCUAUGAAGUCUUUUGGAUGAAAACUUCUGCAAAAGUAAAGCGAUGAGGGAUCGGUUGGCGGAUUUGCGUGCGGGCAGGGGACAGGAGGAGGAGGAGGUGGUAACACUGGAGAGAGAUGGCUUCAUGGAGGACUUCUUUCAGAAGGUGGAGGAGGUCCGAGGCCUGAUUGAUAAAAUCGGCUCCGAGGUGGAGGAGGUGAAGAAGAAGCACAGCACCAUCCUGUCAGCACCCAACGCAGACGACAGGACUAAAGAGGAGCUGCACCAGUUGACGGUGGAAAUCAAAAGGAAUGCCAACACAGUGCGAACUAAACUCAAAUCCAUGCAGCAGAGUCUGCCCCCAGACGACAUGGCCCACAGAGCCUCGGUGGACUACCGCAUCCAGAGAACUCAGCACACGGUCCUGUCUCGCAAGUUUGUGGAGGUCAUGACCCAGUACAAUGAGACACAAGUGUCCUUCAGAGAGAGGAGUAAAGGCAGGAUUCAGAGACAGCUGGAGAUCACUGGAAGAGUCACCACAAAUGAAGAGCUUGAGGACAUGUUGGAGAGUGAAAACCCAUCCAUCUUUACCUCAGAUAUCAUCUUAGACUCCCAGAUCACGCGACAGGCUCUGAACGAGAUCGAGUCGCGGCACCAGGACAUCAUCCGGCUGGAGUCCAGCAUCAAAGAGCUGCACGACAUGUUCAUGGACAUGGCCAUGCUGGUGGAGACCCAGGGGGAGAUGAUCAACAACAUUGAGAACAAUGUCACCAACGCCGUAGAGUAUGUUGCUAGUGCUAAGGAGGAGUGCAAGAAGGCCGUGCGCUACCAGAAAAAAGCUCGGCGGAAAAAACUCUAUUUGGUCAUUUGUAUAGCGGCAGCUUGUGUCCUUCUCCUGGCCAUCAUAAUUGGAGCAUCAUUUGGAUCAUGAAGUAUUUCAUGUGAAGAUGAAGGAACACAACUGUCUUCACAGAGCCACCUGGAGAGACUGGUAGUCCAUUCUCAAGUGAACAAGGUUUUCUUUUUUAGAUGUAAACUGAGUGACUGAAUGAGGCUGAGAUACAGGGCGCCAUGUCUGUACCUUAGUGAUUUUCUGGCUCUGACAAGAAAAUGUGCACACACACACACACACACACACACACACACACACACAUGAUAUCAUGAGCACAAACAUAAGAAUGGCUGUCUCUUCUGCAAAUAUUAUCUAGACAUGACUCAGUGAUCCUCUCAAGCUGCUUUGAAUGCACAAUGCACACAGUUCUCCCUCCCACUCACACACACACACACACACACACACACACACACACACACACACACACACACACACACACAUACACACACACACACACACACACACACGCUCACACACACGCUCUCACACACACACACACACACACACACACACACACACACACACACACACACAUACACAUACACACACACACACACACACACACACACACACACACACACACACACACACACACACACACACACACGCUCACACACACGCUCUCACACACACACACACACACACACACACACACACACACACACACACACACACACACACACACACACACACACACACACACACUAUACCAUAGAAUCCACUGCAUAGUAGAAAGUGAACACUGUUUUCCAUCUUGUUAUAUACUCUUAACUGAGCUUCAUAGAAUACGGCUGUAUGUUGUGUAAUUGAAUCGUUGUCUGUUGCUCUUUGCUAUACGUGCCUUGUGAAUCCAAUUGAAUUAUGUAGAUUAUGUGGACUGGAACAAAUCUAAAUUCACUCCUAAUGAAUGUACUGUAACGGAUCUGUGAUAUGGGCUGCUGUCCACAGACAAGUGCGUCUUGCUAGUUGCGUGCAGACAAGGACCUGAAGUAUCAAUUUUAAUUAUAUUCCUUCUGAAUGUGACAAAUAUGUGAUGUAGACUCUCCACAGUGAAAUUGGUUAUGUCCAUUUACCCUAUCGCAAUACUUUAGAAGUUAAGUGGGUGAAAGAUGUCUCGACAGGGUAACAUUGCUCAGAACAAAUGGUCAAUCGCAUGAUUAAACGUUACUGUAAUUUACUGACUGACUUGAAGGGAUUUUGUUCUCUGCAAACACACUAACAUGGCUGUGACAUCCAUAAUGUCAUAUCAUAUUUACAGUAUGUGAUAGCACAAUGCAUUGUAUUUACCUCAAUUGUAAAGCCCCAUCAUUCAAAUCUUGUAUGCCAUACUCACAGAGUUCCAUUGUUGAAGCCACCCCAAUCAGGCUGUUUUGAGGACCCCCAACUGGACUGUCUGGCAGGGAACUACAAAUGGAUAAUAAUAAUUGUAUGCAAGGAGGUGCCAGUAAGAUUAAAUGCUUUUAAUAAUUAAUCCUUCCACCCCAUUACAAACAUAAAACGUCUGAUAUAUGAUUCCGCGGGGGGGAUAUGAGUCAUUAUGAUGUUACUUCUAGAGUGGUGUGCCUUAUGUUGGUGUUUCACUACACAAGAUGAUGUUGGAUGAUAGAGCACUUUUUUGUUUUUCUUUUAGUGUUUUUCAAUUAUAAUGACAUUUUCUGAUGGCAUUAGCCUUAAUUAACUAGGACAGUUGAUUAAUAAAGAGACUGUCACCCAU